GGCCGCGCAGCCAGUCACAGCGCAGCUACCCGGGGAACACUGAUUGCAAACACGGAAACAGAUCCUCCGUAGCUGCAGUCCCUCUUUAUUUUGAUGCACUUUAUCAAACCGUGAUUAAAAAAACGCACAUUGAAGGUUAAAAUAUCGAGCCGGCGGGUGUUUUUAGAUUGAUUUUCUUUCGCUCUAUGGAUUUUCUGCAGCUUCUGUCAUGGGCCUGCAUCGUGUUCACCGUCGGGAUGUUCUCGACUGGACUGACCGACCUGAAGACGAUGCGAGAAUCCAAAAGUACUGACAACAUCCAGUUUCUCCCUUUUCUCACCACAUGUCUUAACAACCUCGGUUGGUUGUCUUAUGGGAUGCUGAAGAGAGAUCAGACCAUCGUCCUGGUCAACAUAAUCGGAGCUCUUCUGCAGAUCCUCUACAUCAUCAUGUACUUCCACUACACCAAGCAUAAGAGGCUGGUGAUGUCCCAGACGGUGGCGGCAGGGACGGUCCUGACCUGCGGCUGGCUCUACUUCGGCAUGUUUCUACCAGAAGGGGACUCUCGGCUCAGCCAGCUGGGACUCACCUGCAGCGUCGUCACCGUCAGCAUGUACAUGUCGCCGCUGACCGACCUGGUGGAAAUAGUGCGCAGUGGUAACGUCCAGUGCCUGUCCUUCCCUCUGACUGUAGCCACCUUCUUCACUUCCACCUCCUGGGUGCUCUACGGCCUGCAGCUCAACGACUACUACAUCAUGGUUCCAAACACACCUGGAAUCUUCACCAGUCUGAUCAGAUUUUAUCUCUUUUGGAGGUUUGCGUCCGUCAAUCAGAGCUCGCCUUCCUAUAAGCCUGUGCAUAUAUGAUGACACCAAGGGGGACAGUUCUGACGUCGGUGGAAGGCGAAGCUCUCCCGUCACUCCUCUUGUCUUUUUACUGGAGUGCAGCAGAAAGAACAUAUCUGAGCUCGCUGAGUGACUCCGCUUACAAAGUGGUGAUAAUGGCAACUGUGUUUUGUUUACUUUUCGGGGAGGGAAAGCAAAGGUGUGCAGUCCAGCCCCUUUCAGACGUGAAGAUAAGGAAAGUCGCAGCUUUGUCAGUCUGUUAAAGUGACGGCAGAGUUAAUCCAUUUAUAUUCCUCCUGGCUUCAAUCAGACGCUGACGGAGAAACGGUACUAAACUUGACACUACAACCGAUAAUAACAAUAGCUUUACGCAUAUAGCACCUUUAAGGAAGAACAUUAAACAACAGAAGGCUGCUCAGUCCAGAUAAAUUCACACAACAACACCAGCUAACAUAAUAAAAGACCACAUCCAAGUAAGAGUAAUGAACAAGUGCCAUUAAAGGCAAUAGAAGGUAAUGUAGUUAAAAUUAAUAUAUGAAUAAGUAAAGACAAUAAAAGGGUUAAAGAGAAUAAAAUAAACAAUGAAAUAAGUAAAGUUUAAAUGAAAUGCUAAAAAAACAAAAUGGUAAAUCUAAGCUCUCCGAAUAACUAACAGUGUAGUUUAUUUAUGAUUUCCCAAUGUGUGAUGAUGAUCUAAUGAUGACUUUAUCUGCAGUAAAAAUAAUAAUAAAAAAAAUCCUGUGAUUGAGCUCAACGCCCAGCCUGAAAAUAAUUUACCUGCAGCUGAUAAACUGAAACUCUGAAGUGAAGAAAAGUUCACCUUGUGAUCUGCUGUUAGAUCCUGAGCCAUCCGGAUAGUUUAUAAUCAGGAGUAAUUAAUAAAGUUAAAGUCGCUCUCUGUCUGUUGCUGCAAGUAGUCGAUAAACUCAGAGGAAAUACUCCUAAACGGCUGGGAGCAAAAGACUAAACAUCAGCUCCUGUUAGAUCCUGAUAUAGCCCGUCACUGUGUAGUGAUCAUUUAUAAGCCAUUAGUAAAGUUUAUUCUCUGUCUUUGGUGCUGCGGGUAUUUAAUAAACUCAGAGGAAAGAGUCCUAAAUUGCUGGGAGCAACAGACUAAACAUCAGCUCCUGUUAGAUCCUGACCCCUCCUGUCUCCAUGUCAGGAAUCGUUUAGAAUUUUAAGUAUUUAAUAAGUUACUGCUGGUGUCUGAUGCUGCACUUAUUUAUUAAACUUGGAGGAAAUACUCCUAAACAGCUGGAAGUAACAAACUAAACAUGAGCGUCUUGGAUUGCAUUCAUUAAUGGUGAAUCUCAUUAAUCUGACUUGUUACAGAUUCUGUCCUUAUUGCAGUAAAGAUGCAUUUUUAUGGACAUUUUAGUUUAAAUAGAUGGCAAAUUGUAGGACAAAGGGAAUGAGAAUGGUGUCUUUUGCUCUCUGUGAUGUUUUUGGCACCUAAAUGUGGGAAAAAAAACUCAAUUUGCUUCAAAAUUGCUCAAAAUAUGUCACUUGUGAGUGUCUAUCCAUUAAGAUGCGGUGUUAAAAAUGUAAGUAUCGCUCGGUACGACCUUUUAAAAUAGUGAUUUAACUACAGAAAACUGAGCCUGGUGCUCAUUUUUUCAGAUGCCGUCACAUUAACCGACAGCUUUGCAUGUCUGAAAAGGG